AUGGCCCAAUCCUCGCAAUGCUAUCUUCCUCGCUUCGCUCCCGCGGUCGACGGGCCCAAACGUCCGGUUUCUAUGAAGACGAGACCGACCUCGUCGCAAUGUGCGCAGUUAUUAACCGCAUGGCGCGAAGGGCGACUGGAAUCCAUCUUGCAGGCCACCUGGGCGCUAGUCCUGCACUACUAUAUCCAAACUGAGGAUAUUAGCUUCGGUUAUCAACACAUCGACGGUGACUCUAUUUCCUCUCGACACCCUGUACAGCGGUCGAAUGUCACCACCCCUGACCGCGAUCUGUCGGCUAUCCGGCUGGCAAUCGAUGAGAACGAAUCCAUCCAGGCAAUUGUAGAUAAAGUGCGAACCGGUGAUGGAAUCCAACAGCUCGGCGGUGGUUCUGAGGGUUACUUGCCCUUCAACACCAUCUUGAUGCUGCGCACAUAUCGCAAGGCGGAUGAUCCGUCUCCAACCUCCAAGACAUUCCUGGCUAGUGCUCUACCAGACCAGUGCCGGGUUCGUCUGCAUGUAAAGGUGUUGCGCCGGGAUAUUAACAUCUUCCUGGAAUGGCGAAAUGAUGAUAUGUCUGGAGAACAAAUGAAAAGUGUGGCCCACAUCUUUGAGCAAUUGCUCGCCAAAGUCCUUUCUUCCGAGAACCCAGCUAUUAGCCAGCUUAAUUUAUUCUCGGAGAAUGACUGGCAGCGCAUUCGCAAGUGGACAUCCGAUAUCCCCGAAACAUACGACGGCUGUAUCCACGAUGCUAUCCGUGAACAGGCACUUUCUGGACCGGACAGGGAGGCAGUAUGCGCUUGGGAUGGCAGCUUCACAUAUGCCGAACUGGACGCGUUGGCGUCGAAGCUUGCUUGUCACCUGCGUAUGCAGGGCGUUGGUCCAGAAGCGCGCGUGGCACUGCUAUUUGAUAAAUCGAAAUGGAAUUUAGUGGCGAUGCUUGGCGUGAUGAAGGCGGGCGGUGCGUUUGUCCCAUUGGAUCCAACUCAUCCACCUUCGCGCCUCCAACGGUUGAUCGACUCUGUCAAGGCCGAAGUCGCCCUGUGUUCGCAGGGCCGUGCAGAUGCACUUCGUCCCAUUGCGAAGACUUUGAUUCCCAUCUGCAGCGAUACCCUGGAUGGACUGCCCGCGCCCGUUGACGGAAUUGAUCUCGCAUCGGGGGUCACUGGCCAAAAUGCCGCUUAUGUUUUGUUUACUUCUGGAUCCACCGGAGAGCCGAAGGGCACCCUCCUGGAACAUCGGGCUUUCCUAUCGAGCUCCCUGGCUCACGCCGCUGGUCUCUGCGUCUUUCGCGAGACUCGCGCCUUGCAAUUCGCCGCACACACGUUUGACGCCAGUUUGGCAGAGUCGCUUACUCCUCUGAUCCACGGUGCCUGCGUCUGCAUUCCGAGCGAGGAAGACCGAUUAAAUGACAUUGUCCGUUUCAUCAAUGAAAAGCGGGUCGACCAGGCCUGCUUCACCCCGUCUUUUGUCGGCUUUAUUGAAAUCGACAGCGUGCCAGGGUUAAAGUCUUUAGUUCUGGCCGGUGAGGCCAUGUCCCAGUCACAACUGGCAACAUGGUCCAGAAUCAAACUGGUCAAUGGAUAUGGACCGACGGAGGCCAGCGUCGCCUCCGUGCUAAACACCAAUGUUGCACCGAACGCCGACUGCAAGGAUAUCGGUCUGCCUGUUGGUGUCCGCGCAUGGCUGGUAAAUCCUGAAAACCAUGACCAACUUGUUCCUAUCGGCUGCCCUGGUGAAUUGUUGCUCGAGGGACCAACUCUCGCUCGAUGCUACGUCAACAACCCACAAAAGACCAACGAAUCCUUUAUCUACGACCCAUCCUGGACCAAAUUCGACGCCGGAGGAGGGAUAAAUCGCAGGUUUUACAAAACUGGAGAUUUGGUGAGAUACAACUCAGACACAGGUGCUCUGAACUACAUCGGUCGGAAAGAUACUCAGGUGAAGGUUCACGGCCAGCGGGUUGAGCUUGGCGAAGUUGAGAACCAGUUGAACAAGGAAAAGAGCGUGACGCACUGCUCUGUUCUUUUCCCCAAGGCUGGUUUCUGCAAGGGCCGUCUUGCAGCUGUGAUUUCCUCUGCAGGACUCCUAGCGGAACAAUCCGAUGCGGACCUAGAGCCUCUGCGACUGCUUCCUUCAUCGGAGAAAGUUAAGAUCGUCCCUGCUAUUCGAGAGAGCUUGUCGGGCCGACUCCCGACUUACAUGGUACCUGCAGUGUGGCUUUGUGUGGAAGCAUUGCCCCUUCUUCCAUCCGGAAAACUCGAUCGGAAGGGUAUUGCAGGUUGGGUUUCCGGCAUGGAGAACGAUCCGGACGUUGGAAAGGUUGAAAAUGGUCUUGUGCUUGAGGCUGAAAUGUCUCAACCUGCAAAUGAAAUUGAAGAGACUCUCACUGCUGUUUACAGUCGUGUCCUCAACAUCCCUCAGAACCACGUCAGUCUGACUGAGAGCUUCCUGGCACUCGGUGGCGAUUCUAUUGCUGCUAUGACCUGUAUUGGUCUGUGUAAGAAACGUGCAGUUGGCCUUUCUGUCCAAGAUGUGCUCCGCAGCAAGUCGAUCCAGGACUUGGCUACGCGUGCAAAGGCGAUUGAUCACACGACGUCGUAUAAGGAGGCAGUAGAUGAGGCGUUUGAUCUCUCACCCAUCCAGAUACUCCACUUUGGUCUCCGAAAGGAAGGCCAGGGUCAUUUUAACCAAGGCAUUCUCACACGUCUCAGCAAGCCUCUUGAUGAGCGCACCCUUCGCAAGGCGAUCGAAACCCUCGUUUCGCGACACUCCAUGCUCCGCGCAAAAUUUGAAAAUACGGGCUGGUCGACAGCUUCAAGCCAGAGGAUUACUCGAGACGUCAAGGGCUCAUUCAGGCUGCGGAGCAAUACCGUACGCUCAAUUGAGGACAUCAAGCCCCAUGUAGCUGACAGCCAGUCUUGCAUCAAUUGUUUCUCGGGACCCCUCCUGGCUGUUGACUACUUCCGCUUCAAGGAAAAGCAACAGCAACAUGUACUAUCUAUGACCGCUCAUCACUUGGUCGUUGACAUUGUCUCAUGGAGGAUCAUCCUAGAAGAUCUGGAGGAUAUCAUCAAGAACCCUGGAAAACCCACAAGUGAGGAUGCGUCACUUCCAUUCCAAACCUGGUCCAAGCUACAGAUUCAGCACUCAAAGAAUAUGCUCGCCGAGGGUAAGGUCUCGAAGGAUCCUCUACCUGCCCCAGACUUUGGCUACUGGGGCUUGAAGACCCAUCAAACCACGUAUGGUGAUGUUGAUUGUGCUUCUUUCGAGAUCGAUGCGGUUCACACCAACGCAAUCCUUCUUGAGUGCCAUAAAGCCCUGUCCACUGAGCCAAUCGACCUUUUCCUAGCCUCCAUGCUUCACUCAUUUGGACACUCCUUCACCGAUCGAUCCCUACCAACAAUCUUCAAUGAGGGACACGGACGUGAGGUUUGGGAUCCUUCCAUUGACAUCUCUCACACCGUCGGCUGGUUCACUAUCUUGCACCCCAUCUUCGUUAACGGCUACCAAUCGGACGAUGCAAUUGACACUUUGAUCAAAGUCAAGGACUUGCGUCGCCGUGUCUCUGACAAUGGUCGCGCGGACUUCGCUAGCGGCGUCCUCCCCAUCGAAGGCAAGCGGGCUGGUACCUACCCGCAUCCGUUCGAGAUCUCAUUCAACUAUGUUGGCCAGCACCGUGACUUGCAGCGUCAGGAUGGCCUCUUUCAGCUCGUUGAUCAGAUGGCUGGUGAGACUGGUCAAGGAAGUGGUGAUGCAGACUUCGGUCGCGACACCCCCCGUUUCGGUCUUUUCGAGAUCUCCGCAAUGGUCGUUGGUGGUAAGAUCCGGUUUACAUUUUCUUUUAACAAGUUUAUGCAGCACCAAGAUCGUAUCCAUACCUGGGUUGCCAACUGUCAGAAGCAGCUUGUGUCCUUCUCCGAGAAGUUGACUUCGAUGUCUCCGCGUCUCACGCUGAGCUCUUUCCCGAUGCUGUCUCUCAACUAUGAUAGCCUCGACAAGAUGCUCAACCAGAAGCUCCCGGCGAUUGGUGUGAGAAACCUAGAUAUGAUCGAAGACAUAUACCCUUGUUCCCGAAUGCAGCAAGGUAUCCUCCUUGGUCAGACCCGGGACAGCUCUUACUAUGCUGUCCACGAUACCUUCGAGGUCCGCGGCACUGGCUCCACACAGCCCAACCUUGAUCGCCUUGUGGAAGCCUGGAAGCAAGUUGCUUCACACCACGCCAUGCUACGCACUAUAUUUGUUGAGAAUCUUACUCCUUCUGAUGCCUUCUCCCAGGUUGUUUUGAAGGAGUAUGAUGCCAGCCCCGUCUUCCUACAAUCCUCUGGGGAUAGUGACAUUUUUGCAACCUUUGAUGCGCAGGAGCCCAAGAACUACCGUGAGCGUACCCCUGCGUAUCGGUUUAGCAUCUGCCACACCUCAACCGGACGUAUCUUCUGCCGCAUUGAACUGAGCCACGCUGCCAUGGAUGGAAACUCAAUCUCCAUCAUCCUUCGAGAUCUACAACUCGCAUACGUUGGGAGACUCGAGGAAACUCGACGCCCGCUGUUCAAGGACUACAUGGGCUACCUCUUCGAUGCGCCCAGGGACGCAAGUGUUGAAUACUGGCGCUCAUACCUCUUGGGCGCCAAGCCUUGCAUGUUCCCAAUUCUAACCGACGGCCAGGCUGCCCAAGAGAAGGCUCUCCGAGCUAUCCCUGUCAACUUUGGAUCUCUGCCGCGGCUCCAAAGUGUGUGCGAGAAGAAGGGAAUCACACUCGCCAAUGUUUUCAAUGCAGCCUGGGGGCUCACCCUCCGUUACUUCACUGGUUCCGACGACGUUAGUUUCAGUUACAUGGCUUCGCUAAGAGAUGUUCCUGCGGAUGGAGUCCAGUCUGUUGUUGGCCCGGUGAUCAACCUCAUGGCUUGCCGCAUGAAGUUUUCUGGCACUUCGGUGUUGCGUGAUGUAUUGGAGAAGGUCCAGGAUGAUUAUAUGGAUAGCUUGCCGUAUCGACACACCUCACUCAUUGACAUUCAACAUGCUCUGAAGCUUUCUGAUACCAACUUGUUCAACUCGGGUGUCUCCUACCGCCGUCUACCUGGCGCGAAGGAUGCUGUCAGCAGUGAUAUCGAGUGUGUCGAAGUCGGUUCCAUUCACGACCCAGCCGAAUUCCCAGUCUUCAUUAACAUUGAAGCUAUGGACACAAAGGCUUGUAUCGACCUCAACUACUGGACUACAAACCUCUCUGAUGCACAGGCCUCAAAUGUCGCCAACACAUACGUUCGUUGCCUCGAGAGCAUUAUGACAUACUCGGAUAGCGAAAUCCGCGAACUUGAUAAUCUCAGUGAUAGCAACAAGACUGAUAUUACCACCUGGAACAGCAAGAACUCACAGGCUGUUGAGAUUUGUGUUCACCAGGUUGUUCAGGAUAUGGCCAAGAAACGGCGCGAUGCUCUUGCCGUCACUGCUUGGGAUGGAAAUCUGACUUACUCCAAGCUCGACCAGUUCUCUUCUCGCCUGGCUAGUUAUCUGAUCACGUUCGGCGUGGGACCUGGCAGUCUUAUUCCAACAUCCUUCCCGAAGUCCGUUUGGAACGUUGUUUCCAUACUAGCGGUGAUGAAGGCUGGUGGUGGUUGUAUCCCUGUCGAGAACUCGAAAACUUUGAGCCUCAUUGAGAAACAUGUGCAAGAAAACGUGAUUCAGGUUGCCCUUGCAUCCCCCGAGAAGGCACAGGUUCUUGAGGAGGUGAUCCCUUAUGUGGUACCCGUCAGCGAGUCUCUGCUCGAAUAUCUCGGCGAUGAGCCUUUGCUAUCUAUGGCCUGUUAUUCGGACCCCGCUUAUGUCUCAUUCACUGCUGGAUCCUCUGGAGCCCCGAAGGGAGUUAUCCUUGAGCAUGCUACUGUCGUAACUCGAGCUGAAGCAUUCGCCGCGUCACUGAAGCUCAAUGAUGCCUCGCGCACAUUCCAAUUCGCGGCUCACUCGUCCGAUCUUUUCUUGCUCGAGACCUUCGGUACCUUUAUGCGCGGAGGUUGUCUUUGCAUCCCAGCAGACAUUGAUCCUUCCAAGUUGGCCGCCUCCAUCAAUGUUCUUCACGCCAAUGUUUCCUGCUUGACCCCAAGUGUCGCGGAAUUCAUGACCCCGAAAGACGUUCCCGGCCUCAAGACUGUAGCAAUAGUCGGAGAACUUGCGACCAAUACUCUUUUGGAUAGCUGGCGGUCUGAUGACCUCCAGCUGCAUGUUCUGUUCGGAUCUACGGAGUCGUCCUCUGCAGCAUGCCUCGCUCCGAUCACACAGGGUUGCAAGGAAAGCACCAUUGGUCGCUCCGCUUCCUGUAUCUCCUGGGUUGUUGACCCCGCUAACCACCACGCUCUUGUUCCUGUCGGUGCUAUCGGCGAAUUGGUUAUCGAAGGUCCUGUGAUUGCCUCCAAGUACCUAGCAAACGAGGGUCGUGAUCGUGAAGCAUUUUUUGAGAACCCAUGCUGGCUUUCUGCCUUCCGACGUGACUUGCACGAGUUCACGGAGACGACCAAGUUCUUUAAGACUGGGGAUCUUGUUCGUUACAAUGGUGAUGGUUCCCUUGUGCACCUUGGCCGCAAGGAUAAUACUCAGGAACUUUCCUUGUCAUCUGACUUGCGCCGUGUUCAGCAAUCUCUUGUGGGAUACCUGGGCUCCAAGAGAAAAGCUCUGGUGGAUACGAUCAAAUUUCCCGGGGAUACAAACAGCUCCAUCGUGGCAUUCGUCGGCUCCUCAGCACCCACUGCAGCAUCUUUUAACGAGCGAGUUAUUCAAAGUUCAUCUUCUGACCUGACGACAACCAUUUCCGCAAUUCACGCGCAUUUGACUAGCCGAUUCCCAGCUAACAAGGUUCCGAGUUGCUACAUCCCUAUUUCGACAGUCCCUCUCACCUCUCUUGGAAAGCUAAACUUGCAGGGCCUCAACGCCGAAAUUAACUCCCUCUCCGCCAGUGUUCUGCGAACCUUCGACGUUGAACGAUGGACUGGAUUGAAGUCAUCUAACCGCCACUCCCGCCAGUCGUCCCUUUCAGGAACCACCCUUGCUUUCUGGAAAGAAUAUCUGGCAGAUAUCGAGCCCUGCAACUUCCCCUCUAUGUCUCUUGUCACUACUAGCCCUGGUCGUUCCACUCGCACCCUUAACAAACAGACUCAGAAGUUGCAUGCCUUUAGCAAAAUGUCAGGUGUCUCUGUCGAGACUCUCUUCCAGUUUGCUUGGGGUCUGGUUCUUCGUUGCUACACUGGCUGCGAUGAUGUCUGCUUCGGAUUCUCCUCUGCCAACUCCGACGAUCUUGCAGUUUCCAUUUGCCGCCUCAUGUUAACCAACGACCGCAAACUGGAGGAGACAUUGCAGCACUCCAAGGCCCAAUUCGACAAGGGCCUCCAAAACUUCGCAGACCUCGCCACAGUUAACCAUCAUCUUGGCUUCGAAAACACGAGUAUUUUCAACACUCUUCUCACAUUCCGCACUUCCUCGUCCCUCCCUCAGGGCAACGUCCAGGAGAUGACCACCGCGAACGACUAUAAGCUCACUGUCGCAGCGGAGGUGAGCAGCGCUGUUGCCGAAAUUCAUUUCAGCUAUUCUUCGGACAUCCUUUCCUCCAGCCAGGUUACCCAUGUCAUCGAUGCCUUCGACCACUUCCUCAAUGAUGUCAUGUCUUCUAAUCCUCGCUAUCGUCUCAUUGGUGAUCUUGAUCUCUUCCCCCAGCGCUCUUGCAGACAAAUUCGAGACUGGAACGCCGUUCUCCCUCCGCGCGUUGAGAAAUGUGCCGAUGAGCUGAUCCAGCAACAAGCCCUGCUACACCCCCGCGCUGAGGCCAUCUGCUCCUGGGAUAAAAAUUUCACCUAUGGCCAACUUGAGAUUGUUUCCAGCCGCCUCGCACGCUUCUUGACGGGAUUGGGUGUUAAACCCGAAGUGUUCGUUGUUCUAUGCUUCGAAAAGUCUGCUUGGGCUGUCGUGGCCCAGCUGGCCAUUCUCAAGGCCGGCGGUGCAUUUGUCUCAAUCGACCCUACUCACCCCGACUCUCGCCUCCAAAUGUUGAUCGAGGAGAUUGGUGCAGAUCUAGUACUCUGCGCGGCAACUCUCCAGUCAAAAAUGGCUAAGCUUUGCAAGAAGGCAUUCGCUGUUUCGCAGAGCUCAAUUUCUCAGCUGCCCGAAUCUCCCCUUGCUCUGCCUGGCACUCGGCCUGCACCAAGUAGCGCAGCUUAUGCUAUCUUCACCUCGGGUACCACUGGCAAGCCAAAGGCCACUGUAGUUGAACACGUCGCCCUCAGUACAACCGCUAUUGCCAUGACUGACGCUCUCCAUAUGGACUCUAGAACACGUUCGCUCCAAUUCUCUAACUAUACUUUCGACGUAAGCAUCCUUGAGAUCAUGAUGACUCUGAUGACCGGUGGUUGUGUUUGUGUCCCCAGUGAAGAAGAACGCAUGAACAACCUGGGAGGAGCGAUUCGUCGUAUGGAAGCCAACUACAUGGCAUCGCCACCUGCCAUUGUCAACACUCUCGAGCCAAAGAGUGUUCCUACUUUGAAGACGAUCAUCACUGGGGGUGAAAAGAUGCCCGCCAACCACAUCGAUCGCUGGAAUGACCGCUUCGUCAUCAACGCGUAUGGUCCUUCGGAGGCAACUGUCGUCGCAACUGUCGGUGUCAAGGUCGAUUGGGAGGGCAACCGUGUGAACAAUGACCCUACCUCCAUUGGACAUGCCGCCAACUGCCGAGUUUGGAUCGUCGAUCCUAAUAACUAUAACCGCCUCCUCCCCGUUGGUGCUGUUGGAGAGAUGCUUUUGGAAGGAAGCAACAUUGCUCGCGAGUACCUUGGAAAUGCCGAGAAGACGAAGGCAGCUUUCGUUGACGAUCCAACUUGGAGUCACCACCCCAGCCUCCUAGGUCUCUUCAAGCGCAAAGACCGCAUGUACCGCACUGGGGAUCUGGUUCGGUACAACAGCGAUGGGACUCUGGCUUUCAUCUCUCGAAAGGAUACUCAAAUCAAGUUCAAUGGUCAGCGUAUCGAGCUUGAAGAGAUUGAACACCAAUGUCUCCGGGCCCUUCCAAAUGGAUCUCAAGUUGCAGUUGACGUUGUCGUUCCCCAGGAACGCACUGUCGCAAAGGGUCUUGCUGCCUUCUUCACAGUUCAUGAUCCUGAUUCCGUGGAAGGUGGUACUAGUGAUGAUUUUGCACCUACGAUCCCUGGUGUUGAUCCUCUCCUUCUGCCCGUCUCUGUUUCCAAUAUGGAUGCCAUCCAGAAGUUGAAGAGCUCCCUCCCCGAUCUUCUGCCCCAAAGCAUGAUGCCACGCCUAUUUUUCCCCUUACGCAACCUUCCUUUCACCUCCUCUGCCAAGAUUGAUCGUCGCCGCCUUCGUGCGAUGGUUCAGACAUUGUCCAAAGAUGUUCUGAAGUCAUACGUUACUUUCAGCUCUGGCUCAAAGAAAGAGGAGACAUCUGCAGAUGGCAUUGAUGCUAAGCUGCGCUCCUUGUGGGAGAAGAUCCUAGACCUUGAAACUGGCUCAGUAACCAAUGACGAUAGCUUCUUCGCCCUUGGUGGUGAUUCAUUCUCUGCCAUGAAUCUUGUUGGUGCUGCGCAAGCUUUGGGAAUCUCUCUGAAUGUGGCUACUAUUUUUAACACUCCCAUGCUGAUCGAGAUGGCACAAAGCUGUUCAGAGUCUCAAGAGGUUCCGGAAUUCAAGAAGGCCACCCUGAAGCCAUUCUCGCUACUGCCGUCUUCCGUAGAUGCAGAAAGCAUCAUAGAAGAAGUGGCUGAUAGCUGUGGUGUUUCUAAGUCGUCUAUCUGUGAUAUUUAUCCCUGCUCUGCCGUCCAAGAAGGUCUUUUGACACUAUCUUUGAAGCAUGCGGGUGCCUAUGUCGCCCAGCCUGUCUUCCGUCUCGCCGACGGCACAGACCUUGACAGAUUUAAAUCUGCCUGGCAGCAGACGGUGAUCGAUCUCGAGAUCCUACGCACCCGAGUCGUGCAUACCGAGGCCAUGAACUUUGCACAGGCGGUUUUGGACGACCAGCCCAUCUCUUGGGCCCAUGUGGACUCCUUUGAAGCUCUGCCGAGUGAUAUAACUGAACUACCAAAGCAAAAUGGUGCGCCUCUCACCGGCUACGCGAUCGUCCAGCCCCGUGGAUCUUCCACUCGCUACUUCGUCUGGUCGGUUCAUCACGCACUCUACGAUGGAUGGAGUAUCCCCCUUGUCUGGAGCAAGGUUGAGGAGAACUAUAGGGGCUCUCAAAACAAAGCUUCGGGCACAUCCUACGGUCUUUUCAUCGAGUACCUCACCAAGAAAGACAUGGAAAAGUCCGAUGCCUUCUGGAAGUCUUAUCUCAAGGACCUUUCGAGUACUCCCUUCCCCCAGAACAAGAACUCUGUUCCCCAUGCCGUACGGGCUGGUAAUACCCAGUACCUCACUUUGGAUAUCUCGCGGCCAGCCAACAGCGUUGAGUUUACUCUACCUGUUUUGCUUCGUGCCGCCUGGGCUAUCGUCAUCGCUAACCACACCGCAUCUGGAGAUGUGUGCUUUGGCGAGACCCUGUCAGGUCGCAACAUUGACCUUCCCGGCGUCGGCGAGAUUGCUGGCCCUGUUCUGUCAACUGUACCUACGCGCGUGCAAGUCGACAACGAAAUGACAAUCAUCCAGUAUCUUGACCAGAUCAACAAGUCUACUACAGAGAUGAUUCCCCACCUUCACGCAGGCUUACAACACAUUCGUCAGCUCAACAAGGACACAUCCACUGGUUGCAAUUUCCAGAACCUGCUUGUUAUUCAGUCUGGCGAGGGCGAGCUAGACAGCUCAAUUUGGGUUGACGAGAAGCGUGAGACAAGCGAGGACUUCUUCACUCACCCCCUUGUUCUCGAAUGUUCAUUCUCGAAGUCAAAUAUUUCCUUCACCGUUCAUCAUGAUGAACUGGUCAUCAAUGCUUGGCAGACCAAGCACAUCACAGAGCAGCUAAGCCACGUUAUGAAGCAACUUCUGUCUGUUCCCAAGACCACGGCUAACAAGUUGGUUGACUUGGAAGUUGUUAGUCCAGAAGACAAGGUCGAGAUCGGCGAGUGGAACAAGCGUGAUAUUUCCCCAGUCGAGCGUUGCGUUCAGGAAUUCAUCCUGGAGAAAUCUAUCGAAACCCCUAAUGCUCCUGCCGUGUGCGCUUGGGAUGGACAGCUUACUUAUCGUGAGUUCUGGGAUUUGGCCUCCUCUUUUGCAAACUAUCUCAUCGGUCGCGGUGUUGGCCCCGAAGUAUUUGUUCCCGUUUGUCUUGACAAGUCCGCUUGGGCUAUGGUCACUCUGAUCAGUAUCCUGAUCGCUGGCGGUGCUUACGUUCCACUCGACCCCCACCACCCUACUUCUCGACACGAGGAAAUUCUCGCAGAUGUUGGUGCGAAUAUGAUCCUCUGUACUCCUAACUACAGCAGCCGCUACAAUCGUGUUGUCAAGACUGUCAUCCCCAUCAGCAAAGAGACUAUCAAAGCCUAUGGCUCCCUCAACUCGUCUUCAACCCGCCCCCGUGCCCAAGUGACAGCUUCCAACAUGGCUUACGCCCUGUUCACCUCUGGCAGCACUGGACGUGCCAAGGGUAUCGUCGUCGAGCAUCGCAAUGUUGUCAGCAGUAUCAUGGCAUUUGGCCCAAUGAUGUACAUGGGACCAAAGGCAAGAGUGUUCCAGUUUGCCUCUCUGACCUUUGAUGCUGCCAUCAUGGAAACCCUCGCCAUCCUCAUGCUUGGCGGCUGCAUUUGUGUGCCUAGCGAGGAUGAGCGACUCAACGAUAUCGCCGGUGCCAUCCGUCGCCUCAAUGUCACUUGGAGUUUCCUCACUCCAUCCAUUGCGAGUAUCAUUGAGCCGUCCUCUGUCCCAUCCCUGGAGGUCCUUACUGUUGGUGGCGAGAAGAUGUCACAAGAGGUCAUCACCCGAUGGUGUCAUGUCCUUAAGUUGAUCAAUGGAUACGGUCCGACCGAAACUUGCGUGUUCGCAGUCGUUGAUACCGCCGUCGCAGUCAAUCGCGAUCCUGCUCGGAUCGGCUACGGUAUUCCGAGCACCCUAACCUGGAUUGUGGACGCUGAAAACCCGCACAAAUUAGCUCCGCUUGGUGCAGUCGGCGAACUUGCUCUUGAGGGCCCUGCUCUUGCUCGGGAGUAUUUGAAGAACCCUCAGAAGAAUGCCGAAGCCUUCAUCAACGAUCCUACCUGGAUCAAAGGUUUCAAGUCUUCCAUCCCGUCCCUCUCGCAGGAUCUACUUGACAGCCGCAAGGAUCACCAGGUUAAGCUACAUGGCCAGCGCAUGGAACUCGGGGAGAUCGAGCAUCGACUGCAUGAAGACCCACUGGUCCGCCACGCCGUUGUUAUCUUGCCCAAGAACGGACCUCUCAAGCAGCGUCUUGUAACUGUCAUGUCGCUCAACAAGAUCGCCGCGGAUAACAAGCUGAUCUCCGAUAAGCCAUGUGAGUUUGUGGAGGAACGUGAGUUUAACAGCCAGGGUCUCUGCGGCCUCGUGGAGGUACAGAAGAAGCUUGAGGCACAGCUUCCCAUCUACAUGGUUCCACAAACCUGGGCUCUCAUCAAGAAGCUCCCAAUGCUUGUUUCCGGCAAGCUGGAUCGCAAGAAGAUCACUGCCUGGCUGGAAGAUAUCGAUGACGACUCCUAUGAGCGUAUUAUGCAAGACUUCGACCGCAUGAAGCGUGGUGCGCCAGAGAAGCCCGAAGAAAAGGAACAUGAUGGAUCCUUGAAGAUUGUUCGUGAGAUAUUCGCGCAGGUCCUCAAUAUUUCGCUGCAGAAAGUCAACAUCGACCGAUCUUUCGUCAGCCUAGGCGGCGACAGUAUUACCGGCAUGGCGGUGAUCUCCAGAGCUCGUAAGCAGGGCUUGGCCGUGACGCUCAAUGACAUCUUGCAAAGUCGAUCAGUCAAGGAGCUUGCCCAGACUGCCAGUUCCAAGGCACCAGUCAAGGCUCUGCGCGAGGAGAAAAUUGGAGAAUGCUUCGCCCUUUCUCCCGUUCAGAGGCUCUAUAUGCAGUCUACAAAUUCCUACAAAGGAGCCGCUCGUUUCAAUCAAAGUAUCACUGUGCGGGUCUCUCGUCGUGUUGAGGGGGAGGUCCUUCGUCGUGCUAUCAAGGCUGUUAGCACCCAGCAUUCCAUGUUCCGCGCCCGGUUCAGCAAGACUGGUUCUGGAAGCUGGCAACAGAAAUCGUCAACUGAGGUUGAUGAGUCUUAUCGAUUCCGCAUGCACUCUGUUAGCGAUACACGCGCCAUGGUCCCCAGGAUUGCCGAAAGCCAGUCGUGCCUCGACCCCCUCAAUGGCCCAAUUUUCGCCGCUGAUUUGUUCAAUCUUCGCAAUGGCGGCCAAGUUCUUUUCCUUGUGGCGCAUCAUAUGUGUGUUGACAUGGUAUCUUGGCGCAUCAUUCUCCAAGAUCUUGAAGAGCUUGUUGUGUCCGGUUCUCUAUCUGAUGAUAAGGCUUUGUCCUUCCAGAGCUGGUGUGCCUUGCAACUCGAGCGAGCAAAGAUCCAUGAUGCUGGUGCAACCUUGCCAUUCACCCCUUCGCAGCCAAACCUCACCUACUGGGGCAUGGAAGAUUCCACCAACCUCUAUGGGGAUCUCAAGAUGGAGUCGUUCACACUUAACGAAGAGAUGACCAACUUCAUUCUUGAGGGCUGCCACGAAACCUUUGGAACUGAUACCGUUGACAUUCUUCUUGCCGCUAUUGUGCAUUCUUUCAGCCGCACAUUCACUGACCGCAAGCUUCCCACCAUUUACAAUGAAGGCCAUGGUCGUGAGCCUUGGGAUGCUACCAUUGAUCUUUCUCGUACAGUUGGUUGGUUUACAACCAUGGCCCCUCUGCUCGUCGAGGGCCGAGAUGGCACUCUCAUGGACACCAUCAAGCGAGUCAAAGAUACUCGUCGCAAAAUCACUGACAAUGGACGACCUUUCUUCGCAAAGAGCCUCUUGGCUUCGGACCAGCAAAGCAACGAGAGUGCCUUCCAGGUUCCUCUUGAAAUCUUGUUCAAUUACCUGGGCAAGCUUCAGCAGCUGGAACGCAAUGACUCACUCUUCCGGCACCAAGGCAGUGUGUUCGACAGCUCCGACUUUGCUGUUGCUGGCGACAUGGGCCCUGACACUGCCCGCUUUGCGUUGUUUGAACUUUCAGCCAUUGUGGUGAAGGAUCGUUUGAAUGUCUCCUUCGCCUAUAACCGCCGUACUCAGCGCGAGGGUCAGAUCCGACGCUGGAUUUUGCAAUGCAAGCAAACCUUGGAAAAGGACCUUUCCACUCUGAAGAAUGUCUCCGCCGAGCCUACUCUUAGCGACUUCCCACUUCUUCCGAUCAACUACCAAGGCUUGCAGGUCCUAACCAAGAACACUUUCCGCAAGCUCGGAAUCCGGAGCAAGAAUGAGGUUGAUGACAUCUAUCCUUGCUCUCCCAUGCAGGAGGGUCUCCUGCUAAGUCAACUUCGUGACCCGAGUGCCUACAUGUUCCACACUAUUUUCGAGAUCAAAGAUGCCCGCGCAGGCAAGGUCGACGCGGAGAGACUUGCCCGCUCCUGGAACAUGCUUGUGGAUCGUCACCCUGUCCUCCGGACCGUCUUUAUUGACAGCAAUUACAGCGGCGGUUCCUUCGAUCAAUUGGUUCUUUCCAAGCUCAAGGAUAAUGUCCUUCGGGUUGAAUGCCCUGACUCUCAGGUUGAGGAAAAGCUGGCAGCUAUUUCCCUUCGUGAUGCGAAUGCCAUGCGUCCUGCCAAACUUUCUCACCAGUUGACUGUCUGCAAGGUCACGAGUGGACGUGUCCUCGUCAAACUCGAAAUCAACCAUGCUAUCAUCGAUGGUGGAGGUGUCGAUGUCCUGCUACGUGACCUCACCACGGCUUAUGAUCGCAAGCUUGCAGAAGGCCCUGGGCCUCGUUUCAGCGACUAUAUCAAGUACAUCCGAACUCAGAGCCAAGGCGAAGCCCUCGACCAUUGGAAGAAGUAUCUCGGUGGUGUUCGUCCAUGCCACAUUUCCCCUUCUGCCGGCUUCCAGACCCAACGGGAGCUGAAGGGUAUCUUGAUGAACUUCAACCGCUAUCCCGAACUGCUUAAAUUCUGUGAGGGAGCUUCGGUUACCUUGGCAAACCUCACAUUGACUGCCUGGGCUAUUGUCCUUAGACAGUUCACCUCAUCCGAUGAUGUUUGUUUCGGAUAUCUGUCGGCCGGUCGCGACGCGCCCGUCAACGGUAUCCAAGACAUGGUCGGUAUCUUUAUCAACAUGCUCUGCUGCCGUGUGAAGUUCUCUUCGCACCAGUCCCUUUCCGAUAUAUCCAAGCGGGUGAAUGGUGAUUACAUCGCCAGCAUUCCCCAUCAGAGCUGCUCCCUUGCUAGUAUCCAGCACGAGCUGGGAUGGCAGGGACAGUCUCUCUUCAAUACAACACUCUCCAUUCAGAAUCACACCGUUGCCGGUGGCUCUAAGGAGAAGGGUCUAUCCUUCGACCUACAGCACGCCCACGAUCCUAGUGAGUACGCUGUCACUGUAAAUGUCGACAUUUCACGAGGAGGCGAGGGUAUCAUGCUCCGCUACUGGAAUGAUGUUGUCUCUGAUGCCCAAGCGCAAUCCCUCGUCGAUUCUAUUGCCAAGGUCUUCACUGGCUUUAUCGAGUCGCCAUCGGAGUCAAUCUCGGCCGCCAAGCUCGACAACCAGGCUCUGACUGAGCAGCCAUCUGAAUGGAGCAGCUCCCAGACAUCUGUCAGCGAGAGAGUCAAGACCAACAGGAAGAGCCUAGAUGGAACUGCAAUCCAGAAGAUUAUCGAUGACCGUGUCCACGAAAUAAUCGGUCAAAUGCUGAGGGAUGGGAAGUUGAUGGUGCCAGGGAUGGCGACCGAUAGUCUUUCCGGCUACGGCCAUCCCGACUCUGUUGGUUCUCCCUUCCAGUUAGAAGGACUCCAGGGCGAAGCGGAUGACUCGGGUGUCUGCUCUGCAACCUCGCGCUCCAGUCAGGACGGAAUGUCCGCAGACGUUGAGCGAAAACUUUGGAGCCUGUGGAGCACUGCUCUUGGUCUGUCACCCAAUGUGGUGCGGCACCAGGAUAGCUUCUUCAAGCUCGGUGGCGAUAGUAUCACUGCCAUGAAAAUGGUCAGCGCCGCUCGCGAGGAUGGCUUAGUCCUCACUGUUGCUGAUGUCUUCAACAACCCCGUUUUUGAAGACAUGCUUGCCACCGUUCGUGCUGCCAAUGUCACACAGCAGAUGCUCAAUGUCGAUCUGAAGCCAGUUCACAAGGAAGUUGAUUCAUUCCCCGACAGCACACCAACCACUCUGGCACAAACACCUUCUUCUGAAAGCAUCUCAGUCCUCCGACCUUCCAUGACUGUUGAUGACGCUUCGGUCCAGAGCGGCAUUUGCCCCAAGAUUGGCGUCUUCAAAGGCGGAAUUGCAGAUGUUCUGCCUGUCACUGACUUCCAAGCAAUGUCCCUCACUGCGACGCUGUUCAAGUCGCGAUGGAUGUUGAACUAUUUCUUCUUGGAAGGCAAUGGUCCCUUGGAUCUCCGCCGUCUCCGCGAGAGCUGUCUUAAGGUCGUCGACGCGUUCGACAUCCUGCGUACCGUAUUCGUCUGCUUCCACGACCAGUUCUUCCAAGUCGUACUUCGCAAGAUCCGCCCCAGUAUCUUCGUCUAUGAGACUGACCGUGGUCUCGACGAAUUCACCUCCACGCUUCAGCAGCGCGACCGUGAAUACGGUCCCCGAGAGGGCGAGCAAUACGUGCAGUUCUACGUUGUCAAGAAGAAGGAAAGCGAUCAACACCGCAUCAUGAUCCGUCUCUCUCACACGCAAUACGACGGAGUCUGCUUGUCCAAGAUCAUGUCCGCCAUCAAGUUCGGCUACGAAGGCAGUCCUCUUCCUCCCGUCACGCCUUACGCCAGCUAUCUCCGCCAGCUUCCAGGCACAAUUACACCGGAUCACUACAACCACUGGUCUAAGCUUCUGAAGGGAUCGCAUAUGACCCAGGUCGUCAGUCGAAAGGGUACCUCCAUGUUCCAAAACAUUGGUGCUUUCACCGAGGUUCGCAAGACCAUCGAGGUUCCACCCACUGCGCUUGGAAAUGUCACUGUCGCGACUGUCAUGCAGGCUGCUUGGGCCUUGACUCUCGCAAAGCUGUCUGCUAAAUCAGAUGUUGUUUUUGGCCUCACAAUCAGUGGUCGCAAUGCCACCGUGCCUGGAAUUGAGAACACUGUCGGUCCAUGUGUUAAUGUUGUUCCUGUUCGUGUCAACUUCGCCGAGAAGUGGACAGGCGUCGAGUUGUUCCGCUAUCUCCAGGAUCAGCAGGUGUCCAACAUGCCAUUCGAGUCCCUUGGCUUCCGCGAGAUCAUCAAGCAAUGCACUGACUGGCCAGCCUGGACAUAUUUCACCACCUCGGUGUUUCACCAGAAUGUUGACUAUGAGGGUUCCCUGGAACUUGACAACAACAAGUAUCGCAUGGGAGGCGCGGGAGUCAAUGACAACUUCGCCGAUCUGACUAUGGUUUCUCGCCCCGCUGAUGACCGCAAUCUCAAUAUCACUCUCGGAUUCUCCGAGAAGGGCCCCAUCCUUCCUUCAUUUGCUGAAAGGGUCCUGGACAUGGUGUGCGAAACUGCGCAGUCCUUGAUCGCCAACCCUUCAACUUCUUUGCCAUCUCCAAACAUGCUGUGCUCUCUUCCACCCCAAGUGGUCGAUGACCUGCCCCGUGCCUCGGACGAGCACUUCCUCAGCGCCCAUCUCAAGUCCCGUUCCAUUGCCGAGCUUCUAGUCCAUUCAGACAUCCUGUCGCGCUCCUGGCACCAGUGCCUGCCUAGUCGAACUCCUGUUCUGACAGAGGGCGAUGAAGAUGAGAAACCCAAGCACCAACCAGCCUUCCAGCUCGACUCAUCCUUUUUCGAUCUUGGUGGUGAUAUCUUCAAUAUGGCACAACUUACCUGGCUUCUUGAGCAAGAAGGCCUCAAGGUCCGCUUGGAAGAUCUUCUCGAGCACCCAUCCUUCCUUGGCCAAAUGGCUGUCCUGGCUCUGCACAAUUCCAAGCACCAGGAGGACUUUGGUCCUGAAUAUGCCACCGGAGCAGCCUCGCCGAAGCCAUCUAUGCCUCAAGUCGAGAAGAAGAAGACAUGGGAGAAGGCCAUGACACUUGCGAGAAAGCUGACUCGUCGGAACAACAUGGUUUCCAGCCGGGUCUGA